ACAUUCCGAAUCCAUCCAUUAUCUCAGAACUUAGCCCAAAACCCUACAACCAUCACCCUGGUUUCUCUGUCUUCCUCCACAGCUCGAAUCCUCUUACGUCUUUAGACGGCAACUGUGCUGUUUCUCUCUCUAAGGUAGAGAGAGAGGAUCCUAAAAGUAAAGGAAAGAAAUCAUGGCGGACGUGAUGUUAAUGAAUGAGAUAGAGUCUCGGGCAGCCGAGGCUGGUAUCGAUCUUUCCCUUGUCGAUCUCAACUCCAUUCAGCUUCCUCCUGGAGAAAAUUUUGGAAUCAUUAGUGAUGAUGAAGAUGUUUACCAAGAAGAACAGCUGGAUUUUGAGACCGGCUUUGGUAACAUUAUUGUUGUUGAUAAUCUGCCAGUUGUUCCCCGAGAAAAAUUUGAGAAGCUUGAAGGUGUCAUUCGCAAAAUUUAUGGCCAGAUUGGUGUAAUUAAGGAUGAUGGCAUUUGGAUGCCUGUUGAUCCCGAUACCCAGAAAACCUUGGGUUACUGCUUCAUUGAGUAUAACACUCCUCAGGAAGCUGAACUAGCUAAGGAGAAAACAAAUGGAUACAAGUUGGACAGGUCACAUAUCUUUGCUGUCAACAUGUUUGAUGACUUUGACAAAUUUAUGAGAGUUCCAAAUGAGUGGGCACCUCCUGAAUUCAGGCCAUAUGUUCCAGGGGAAAAUCUUCAACAUUGGCUUACUGAUGAAAAAGCUCGAGAUCAAUUUGUGAUUCGUGCUGGCUCAGAUACCGAGGUUUUCUGGAAUGAUGCAAGACAGUUGAAACCUGAUCCUGUUUACAAACGAGCUUAUUGGACUGAAAGUUUUGUACAGUGGUCUCCUCUUGGGACGUACUUGGCAACGGUUCACAGGCAAGGUGCUGCUGUCUGGGGUGGUGCAAGCACCUUUAAUAGGUUAAUGCGUUAUGCUCAUCCCCAGGUUAAACUGAUAGACUUUUCUCCUGGUGAGAAAUAUCUGGUGACCUAUAGCAGCCAUGAACCAAGCAAUCCUCGUGAUGCAAAUAGGAUCGUGAUAAAUGUUUUUGAUGUCAGAACUGGGAAAGUGAUGAGGGAUUUCAGGGGCAGUGCUGAUGAAUUUGCAAUUGGAGGAACUGGUGGUGUUGCAGGGGUUUCUUGGCCCAUUUUCAGGUGGGGUGGUGGAAAAGAUGACAAGUACUUUGCUAAAAUUGGGAAAAACAUGAUCUCUGUCUAUGAAACUGAGACCUUCAGUCUUGUUGACAAGAAGUCUCUUAAGGUUGAAAAUGUCAUGGACUUCAGUUGGUCACCAACUGAUCCUAUUCUGGCACUUUUUGUUCCUGAACUUGCUGGUGGUAAUCAACCAGCAAGGGUGUCUCUUGUUCAAAUUCCUAGUAAAGAAGAAUUAAGGCAGAAGAAUCUUUUCAGUGUUAGUGAUUGCAAAAUGUACUGGCAAAGCAAUGGAGACUAUCUUGCUGUAAAGGUUGAUCGUUAUACAAAAUCAAAGAGAACCACUUACACAGGCUUUGAGCUUUUCCGAAUAAAGGAGCGGGACAUACCCAUAGAAGUAUUGGAACUUGACAAUAAGAAUGAUAAGAUCAUUGCCUUUGCUUGGGAGCCUAAGGGUCACAGGUUUGCAGUUAUUCAUGGGGAUAGCCCAAGGCCUGAUGUAAGUUUUUACUCGAUGAGGACUUCUCAUAAUACUGGUCGGGUUUCAAAGCUCACUACUCUCAAAGGCAAACAGGCAAAUGCGCUUUUCUGGUCACCUUCUGGCCACUAUAUAUUACUUGCUGGAUUGAAGGGUUUUAACGGACAGUUGGAAUUCUAUAAUGUCGAUGAGCUUGAGACCAUGGCAACAACUGAGCAUUUUAUGGCAACAGAUAUUGAAUGGGAUCCUACUGGGAGGUAUGUUGCAACUUCAGUUACUUCGGUUCAUCAUGAAAUGGAAAAUGGAUUCAAUAUCUGGUCUUUCAAUGGCAAGCUACUUUAUCGGAUACUUAAGGAUCACUUCUUCCAGUUCUUGUGGCGGCCAAGGCCACCAUCCUUCUUGAGUCCUGAAAAGGAGGAAGAAAUAGCAAACAAUUUGAAGAAGUAUAGUAAGAAGUAUGAGGCAGAGGACCAAGAUGUUUCAUUGCAAUUGAGUGAGCAGGAUCGUGAGAAGCGGAGAAUGUUGAAGGAUGAAUGGGACAAAUGGGUCAAUGAGUGGAAACGGUUGCACGAGGAAGAAAAAUUGGAGAGGCAGAAAUUGAGGGAUGGAGAAGCCAGUGAUGAAGAGGAGGAGUAUGAGGCCAAAGAAAUAGAAGUAGAGGAGUUGUUGGAUGUUUCCGAGGAGGUUCUUUCAUUUGAAUUUGGACAGGAGUAAGCAAUUGUUAGAAACAUACGCAGAGCUCGUACAUCAUCCGUUGAAGAUUAGAUUCAAUUAGAAGCGCCGAAGUUGUGGAGAUAGACAAAAAGAAAAAGGCUUUGGGGUUUGAUAAAUAGUUCGGUGUUUGAAUUUUUCUUGUAGGGACUUAAUGGUGAGUGUUUUUCUUCAUCUAAAAUCCCUGUGGAUUUCUGUUAAUUUCUUAAAUUUUGUUAGUCCUGAUGAAGAUUUCUCUUGUUCUUUGAUGCGAAUACUUGUUUUCCAACCUGUGAAAUCUAUGCGAUUUUUCUUUAUUUCUGUU